AUGGCUUCAGAUCGCGAUGUCCUCCCCGCAUGGGCCAAACCCUCGCACUACGCCCUCUCCCUCCACGACCUCGAAUUCGGCGGCAAGUUUGGCUACAAGGGUACCGUCAACAUCACCACCAAAAUCACAAAGGACGAUGGCUUCAGCACCCUCGUCCUCAACGCGCAUCAGCUCAAGCUGCAAACCGCCGAGCUGAAGGCUGGCGACAAGACACUGUCAGCAAAGGACAUCUCAUACGAUGAGAAGAGGCAACAGGUCACACUCGACUUUGGCGAGAAGAUCAGCUACUCUGGCGAGGCUCAGCUGGAGAUCAGGUUCGAGGGCUUUGUCAACAACAUCAUGGCCGGCUUCUACCGCUCCAAGUACAAGCCCAAGGGCGACGUCCCCGCCUCCGUCGCAAAGGAUGACGAGUUCCACUACAUGUUCAGCACCCAAUUCGAGGCCUGCGACGCCCGCCGCGCCUUCCCCUGCUUCGACGAGCCCAACCUGAAGGCUACCUUCGAUGUCGAGCUCGAAGUGCCCAAGGACCAGGUCGCCCUCAGCAACAUGCCCGAGAAAGAGAUCAAGCCCAGCAAGCGGGACGGCUUCCACACUGUCGUCUUCGAGCGAUCGCCCAUCAUGUCCACAUACCUGCUGGCGUGGGCGAUUGGUGACUUUGAGUACGUCGAGGCUUUCACCGAGCGCAAGUACAACGGAAAGAACAUUCCCGUCAGGGUCUACACCACUCGUGGUCUGAAGGAGCAGGGUCGUUUCGCCCUGGACAACUGCCACAAAAUUGUCGACUACUUCUCCGAGGUCUUCCAGAUCGACUACCCUCUUCCCAAGGUCGAUCUGCUGGCUGUUCACGAGUUCUCGCACGGAGCUAUGGAGAACUGGGGUCUCAUUACCUACAGGUGCGUCGAGUCCUUGAACAAGCUGGACUUCAUGUUAACGUAA